AUGAAGCGUCCUUUGAGUCCUGACCAUGUGUUUGAAAAUGGACGGAUGAGUACAGCUAUGUUUUUGCGCUGUUUUGAGGAAAAAGUCACGUGGAAUGAUCGUACGGACUAUGAAAUUACUAAUGAAAAAAAGAAAAUUCUUUUUUCGCUGUGUGAGGUUUGCAACAUCCAGUUAAACUCUGCAGCCCAAGCUCAGAUCCAUUACAAUGGAAAGUCACACCUAAAAAGAAUUAAGCAACUUAACAAGGGAAAAAUGCCCACAAACACUUCAUCCAGUUCGUUACUUCUAAGCAGCGGUUCAGGGAACACAUGUCACACUGCUACACUUCCCGCACUAGUGCGCGCUCCUAGCCUUAUGAUGCAGCCUUCUAUAGACAUGAAGCCAUUUGUUUCUUUUCCUAUGGACAGCGGUCCUGCAAUAGGACUCUUCCCCAACUUUAACACAAUGGAUCCAGUGCAAAAAGCAGUCAUAAACCAUACAUUUGGUGUUUCUAUUCCGCCGAAGAAAAAACAAGUUAUUUCCUGCAAUGUUUGUCAGCUUCGUUUUAAUUCUGACAGCCAAGCCGAGGCCCACUACAAAGGGACUAAACAUGCCAAGAAGAUGAAAUCACUAGAGACAACAAAAAAUAAGCAAAAAAAUGGUUCUCCCAAGGACAGCACAAAGGCUAUUACAAGCUCAACAACCAACCACAAAUCAGAUCAAUUACGGAUACGAAUAGAGGGAAGAUAUACAAGAAAACGAGAAAGGGAGGUUAAAAGAAGAGACAAUGAGGAGAAAUGGAAAUCCAGCAGCUCGGUUUGCCAUGGUUUAGCAGAAAUAAGCUCAUUCUUUUCCAAGUCUGAGGUUGCAUUAACUGCAAUGAUUCCAGCAGCUCUUAUCAAGAGCACAAAUGGAACCACAAUUACAACUUCUGAAUCAGAAGAGGAAAAAGCCAAGAAACUGCUGUAUUGUUCUCUAUGCAAAGUAGCUGUCAACUCCUUAUCACAGUUAGAAGCCCACAAUACAGGUUCCAAGCACAAGACUAUGCUAGAAGCACGAAUUGGUGCUGGUCCAAUCAAAUCGUAUCCCAGGUCCGGGUCUCGACUAAAGAUUCUAAAUGGCAGCAAAGGUUCAGGAUUACAGAACAAAACAUUUCAUUGUGAAAUGUGUGAUGUUCAUGUGAAUUCAGAAAUCCAGCUAAAGCAGCACAUCUCCAGCAGAAGACAUAAGGACCGAGUAGCAGGCAAGCCCAUGAAACCUAAAUAUAGCCCAUACAACAAACUGCAGCGCAGCCCUAGCAUUUUAGCAGCAAAACUUGCUUUCCAAAAAGAAAUGAUCAAGCCUUUAGCACCAACGUUCCUUUCAUCACCACUUGCAGCUGCCAUGUCUUCUACACUUUCUCUACCAUCACGUCCACCCUGUUCACUAUUUCAGGGGUCUGGUUUACCCCCAACUUUUCUAAGACCAGGACACGGUUCAUUUCGAGCAGCUACCGCAUCCAUAUUUUUUGCACCGUAUUAGCAUCAAUGCAAUUAGAACAAAGAAUGAAAUCCGCUAUACUACAAAUUUACCUGGGUUAGACGGCUACUUCUUUCUUGGAAGUGUAUUUAAAGAGCACAAUCACAAAUACUAUAAAAAGCUCUGUAAGCCACAAUCAUUGAGAUAAUUACAGCCUCCGUUGUGAAAGACAUGCUCCUUGUAAGAUUACAUGACAUUGCGUCUUUAUUUGUCUGUGGCUUUCUUUAGAUUCAACAAGGAAAAUAUUCUCUUUAUUUUUUAUUUUAGUUCCUGGCAGACUUGAAAACAAGGGUCUUCCUUGUCCUUUGGUGUACAUAAAUGAUUUCCAUAGUAAAGUGUGAAAUAGAAUUUUAAAAAAAAGUGCUUUAUUGUGGAUGACACCAAACUAGUGGAUAAUAUGAAGUAUUAUGAAAUGUGAUAGCAUUGUAAAGUUAAAAAAAGGACUGUGUAGUUAUUGUUUUAGACCCAAAUGCUGUUGUGUUUUGUAGAGUUAUAGAAUCUUGAUUCUGCUUACAAGUUAGGUGGUACAUUUGCUAUUUUAAUUGCUGAAAAAGCCACUCAGCUAUGAAGCAUUUUUUUUUUGAUAGGUGAUACAAACAAACUAGAAAAGCCAUAUUAUAUCGAGUUGUCAUAAUAUUUUUAUUUUCCUUUCAACUAACUUAUUUUAUAACUCCAGUAUUUCAUAACCUUCUCAACUAGAGCACACCACAAUGUAUAUGUUCAGGUUCAACAUCAUUUAGUUUAUUCUAAUACUUUAUGCCAGGUGGCAAGAAAUAGGUGUGUUUAUUUAAAAAAAAGUCUGUUUUCUUUUAGAAAUACAUUUUUGUUUGUAUUAUUGCUACAUUAUAUUGUGGCUCCCUAAUGCAAUAAUGUACAGACCAUUAAAAUAAAUAUUUAUUUAUAAAACCUUGACUUUUUUCUUCAAUUGAUGCACAAAAAAUACUGGCACUUAAAGGGACAUAAAAACCAUUUUUUUUCUUUCAUGAUUUAGAUAGCACAUAACAUUUUAAACAAAUUUCUAAUUUACUUCUAUUAUCAUUUAUUUUUAGUUUUCUUGUUAUCCUUUGAGGAAAAGCAGAAAUUUAAACUUGAGUGUGCACGUGUCUGCAGCACUACAUAGCAGCAGUUUUGCAACAAUGUUAUACAUUAGCAGGGGCACUAGAUGGCAGCACUAUUUCCUGUCACGUAGUGCUUCAGGCAUGUGCACGCUACCUACCUAGGUAUCUUUUAAACAAAGAAUAACAUGAGAAUGAAAACAAUUUGAUAAUAGAAGUAAAUUGGAAACAUUUUAAAAAUUUUGUCCUCUAUCUGAAUCAUGAAAUAAAUUUUUGGGGUUUUAUGUCCCUUUAAGUGUGGUGAAUAAACAGCAUGCAGAUUGCAGUACUGAAUGAUGGGUUUUUACAGCACAAAUAGCAGUGGAGCACAAUAAAAAUGUUUCAAGCACAUUCAUUAAGAACAUUUUAUUCUGCAGACAUCAAUGGUUUUAAUCGCUGUGUACUUUUUUUUUAAUGUACCUUUUCAAUAAAAUUAUUUGAAACAUUGA